AUGCAUGGGCGACUCGGGACAUCUCUGGACGAGAAGCGAGACAAGGUACACGACCCAUACGUCUCAGCAGCGCCAUCACGGCCGCCACCAUCACAGGCGAGUCCUCGAGUGGACACACGGACAACCAUAUCCUCCGCUCAAGAUGAGACACUCUAUGCCUCCAGUCUACAAUCCACCGUGUCAUCAGGAGCAGGAUCAGGUUCAGGACCAGGACCAAGAUCACGCACCAACAGAGAGCGCGUACUGGGUCUGGUUCAGCAAGAUGAUACUACCGCCCUUGCGACUGGAAGCAAAUUAUUCUUACCCCCCAAUGUAGCGGAAAUCUUACCAUGCGGUAAACAGUUUGCGGCUUGGCAGACUACCGUCCCGGCGACUGAACCGAACUGUGAAAUCAGCAAGGGCGGCGGGGAAGUGAACCACGGUGGCAAUAAUGGUGGUGGUGGUGAUGGUGGUGUUGGUGGUGUUGGUGGAACCUGGCAAGGAACCAAGAAAGUUACACACAGUUUGUACAGAGGCGUUUACAGGGUCGGUUGGGAACGUGAGGUUUUGGACCUAGAAGCUCGUAUGCAUGAAUCCCUAGCAGAACUUGUAGGCGGUCACACCUUUGCCCGUCCAGAUACAUCGCCCAAAACGGUGCUAGACUUGGGUACAGGAUCAGGCCAUUGGUGUAUCUCACAAGCUUCAGUAUGGACGGAAGCCGAUUUUAUCGGAGUGGACGUUGUACCAUGUCAACAGGCUCUGACUGGACGUCUGUCUUCGCUUGCUCAUAGGAUAACCUGGUCACAGGCCGAUUUUCUGACUUCGUUGCCUUACGAUGCCGGAGUAUUCGAUUACGUUCACAUCCGCUUUGUGGGUCUUGGCGUUCCAGAGCCCAAAUGGGGGGAUCUACUGGAGGAAGCUACACGAGUUUUAGCCAAGGGAGGAACUCUGGAAAUUGUCGAGAUGGCCUACACCCUUGGGACAACAUCUCAUCCUUCCCUGAUCAACUCGUUUGCCUCUCUCCUGCUGGCAGACUUGAUCCAGCCCUUUCCAUCUCACCCGAUCAAAUUCUACCUUCCUACCAUCGGCAUGUCGCCUACUCCAUGCUUUGAACAGAGCUGGGAUCAUGCCCCAGGAGCUAUCGGUGAUGCGGUCAUGACUUGGGUUCGAAGCGCAUUGGAUUACAAGGGGACGGCAUUGGUCAAGGAUCGAGGGAAUGAAAGGCUGUUAGGGGCGUUGAGCAAGGCAGAUGAAGACAAGUGGGUGCGAGCGGAUGAUAUGCCAUCGGGUGGGGCCAGUCUCACCGCUUGGGCGAUCAUCAAGCGAUGA